UCUAUAUGAGGCGAGAUCCGAGGAGCGAGCGGCGCAGACGACGAUUAAGAAACGAACAGAGAUGGCGGAAAAGCGGCCGAAAACGCUGGCCUGCGCCGCCAGACUCGCGCUCCAGGAGUACGGAGUGGCGGCAAUCGCCGGACUUCUAAUCCUGGUCUUCCUGCCCUGGUGGAUUAGGUGGUGCCUGGUGUACCUGACUGCCCUUGUGUUUUUGGCAAGCGUCUUGGCUCCUUUCGUCGAAGAUUUUAGGCCCAGACCUCGAGUGCAGCCGGACGGAAAGGCAGUUUUCGUAACAGGCUGUGAUAGCGGGUUUGGCCACCACCUGGCUCGGAAAUUGGACGAUCUUGGAUUGCACGUGUUCGCAGGAUGCCUCCGUCCCGACGGCGAGGGUGCCAAGAAUCUUCAGGAAUCUGCUUCCAGUCGUCUGCACAUACUGCCUCUGAACGUCACCUCAGAGGACAGCAUCAAGGAAGCUGUUCGUUAUGUGGAAGAACACCUAAAGGACAAAAAGCUGUGGUGCGUGGUGAAUAACGCGGGUCUGAAUGAAGGUGGAGAACUUAUGUGGACCAACAUGGACUUCAUCGAGAAAGUGGUGAACGUCAACACAUACGGGGUCGUCCGUACCACCAAGGCCUUCCUGCCACUCCUCUGCAAGCACGGAGGGAGAGUGGUAGUCGUGGCGAGUGCAGCAGGUCGGUAUACUUACCCGGGCAUGGUUCCGUACUGUAUGAGCAAGCAAGCCACUGUCAGCUUUUGCGACGGAUUACGGCUCGAGAUGUACCGCUUUGGAAUCAAGGUCGUUACUAUUGAACCUUGGAUGUAUAAGACUCCCAUUACGAAUGCCAACACCAUCCUCGACUACGUCACCAGAGCAUGGGAUUCAGGGCCAGCAGAAAUCAAGGAACUUCUACCUCCGGAUUACUUGGACCGUCACAAACGAGCCACCCUCAAAUUCAUCAACCUGUCGAUCAGCGACCAACCUCAACAGGUAGUUGAUUGCCUAGAAGAGGCUGUUAUGGCCGUGAACCCCAAGUACUCUUACAAUCCUGGAACUCUUUAUUCCAGGCUCACGUUCUGGUUUCUGAAGAGAAUGCCGAAGCCAAUAGCCGACCUUAUCAUCAACGACGAAGUUGGCACCAAGAUAUGAAUACUUUAGUGGUUUUGUACUUUGAUUGAUUUGGACUGAUCGUGCUCAAAUGUUGGUUCACUGUUCAUUCAAAAGUGAUAUAAUCGGCAUCUACUUAUAGACCUUAAAUCGGUGAAAAACAGUAAAUUUGAAACAGAUUUAAUCCUGUGCUGAAAUCUGUCAGUAAAAUAUAACUCCAUCGCUGUUUCAGCGCAUCAACAUUGGUGCUUUGUUUCUUCAAAAGUGAUUCUCAUCUACUUUACCUUGGAGAAAACAGUAAAAUUGAAAAUUAGCUUGAGGACAUAGAUCAAAUACUCUGUUUAAAUCCGCUGCGAAAAAAAUACAGUCGCUGUUUACUACACAAUUACUUCAAAAAGCUUCGUUUUAUAUCCUUCAUGUUUGUGCAAUCAUAACACAUAUCGCUUGAUUCAACCGUGCCUUUUUAUUGACUGUGAUUCAUUGUGUACCUUCACAAGAUUCUUUUAUGUAUGCUCAAAUGUGAAUAAAAACAGUU